UGUCUCCCUCUCCCCAUCACACACCCUCUCUCCUCCAUCUCUUCCCAUUCCUUCCUCCUCCUCAGACACUCAACCUUGCCGUCUCGCGCAAACAAACCCUUACACACACUCAUGCUGAUUGGCAGCCAAGGACAGAGCACCCUCUCUCCCGAACCGGCGACCAGGCUUCUUGACACAGAGCUCAGCUGAGGAAGAGGACGAGACCAUGGAGCACAGCCACAUCUUCCCUGUUUUUCCCCCAAAUGGGAGCACCUGGAGCCCGGGGCAGCCCCCCUCCGAGGUGGCCCGGGGAUGCCCUCUCGGACCGCUGCCUGUUAUCUACUACAGUGUGCUGCUCUGUCUGGGCCUACCAGCUAACAUCCUGACAGUGGUCAUCCUGUCCCAGCUGGUGCUGCGUCGUCAGAAGUCCUCCUACAACUAUCUCCUGGCUCUGGCAGCCGCUGACAUCCUAGUCCUGCUCCUGAUUGUUUUUGUUGAUUUCAUACUGGAGGAUUUUAUCUUGGCCACGCCGCUGCCGCCAUCAUUAAACAAGGCCGUGCAGGUCCUGGAGUUCUCCUCCAUUCACACCUCCAUCUGGAUCACCGUGCCCCUGACCGUCGACCGCUACAUCGCUGUUUGCCACCCGCUGCGCUACCACACGGUCUCCUACCCAGCCCGCACACGGAGGGUGAUCUUUGCCGUGUAUAUUGGGUGCUUGUUGUCUGCAGCUCCUUAUUACUGGUGGCCUGAGCUAUGGCACAGCCUGCCGGGGAUGGACAGUGGUGGUGUAGGAGGAGGAGGAGGAGGUGAAGGAGGAGGAGAGAGCAACAGGAGAACCGUGGCCCAGCACGUCCUGGUGUGGGCUCACUGUGCCACCGUCUACCUCCUUCCCUGCACCGUCUUCUUCUCCCUUAAUGCUGUCAUCGUGCGUAAGCUACGCAAACGUCGCAGCUGUUUCCGCCUCCGCGGCUACUCUACCGGCAAGACCACCGCCAUCCUCCUCGCCAUCACCUCCAUUUUCGCUGUGUUGUGGGCACCGCGCACCCUCAUGAUCCUCUACCACUUCUACUCCCCCCCUCCAGCCUCCCCAGGUGCCGGCCGACUGCUCCACGUGCUCACCGAUCUGGCGAACAUGCUCGCCCUGCUCAACACCGGUGUCAACUUUUUCCUCUACUGCUUCAUCAGCAAGCGUUUCCGGGGCAUGGCGGCCAACGUGCUGCGAGCGCUGGUCCACUGCCGCAAGCAGCCGCCGCCGUUCUACGCCAGCCACAACUUCUCCAUCACAAGCAGUCCCUGGAUCUCACCAGCCAACUCCCACUGCAUCAAGAUGUUUGUGUACCAGUAUGACAAAAAUGGGAAGCCCAUCUGCAUUUCCUCGUGAGUCGUCAGCCACCGGCAGCUGACCCCCCCCCCCCCCCACCGUUAGUCCUGGGGAAACAUAUUUUGGGAUUUGUCUCUAUUGCGACUAGUUUUGUCCGACUCUUUGAGGCCUGUAAAUGUCAACACGCCCGGAGAGCACAGAGGUAA